GUUCUUCGGCAGCUCAUUUAUCGUCCUGUAGUUCCGAAAAUGGCGUGUUCAUUACCCAUUAGGAUCUCAAUAUGUUGUAGUGUUGUACUGCUAAUAUGCACACAUCUAGCGAGCGGUAACAACGGCAGAAAGGUCGGAGAUGCUGUGGACACUGAGUUCAGUGGGUUCUCCGUGCCUCUGGAGCACUCGUUUGAAGUCGAUGAUCUGGCGACGUUUCGGGUGCGCGGGGCCCUGAUACUCAAACCUGGGAGGGAGCCGGCCGUGUCACUGUCUCAGAACCAGCUGUCAGAGGAGGACAGGACUAAACUCAAGGAGGUGGCAGCAGUGGACGGCCUGUACAGAAUCAGAGUGCCCCGCGUGUCUCUGCAGACGGACAGGAUGUCGGAGAGGCCGAUGGAGGGGCACCUCUCUGCCUUCGUCAGAGCAUGUGCCAUGGUGGAGUCCCACCUCAGCGACGUCAUCACCCUCACCACCGACGUGUCGGGCUACCUCAUCGGGGUGUCCAUCGUGACGCUGCCCGGGGCGUGCCGGGGCAGCGAGGUGGAGGACGAGGUGGACCUGGAGGCCUUCAACACCACCCUGAGCGUCAUGGAACCCAUCAACGCGUCCCCACCUGAGACGGCUCUGUUUAUCGAACGCCUGAACAUGGAAAUCGAGAAGAAGGGAAAGAAUCCACAGGAGCAGAAAUCUUUCUUUGCUAAAUACUGGAUGUACAUAGUGCCUCUCGUUCUCUUCCUAAUGAUGUCGGGCGCCCAAGAUCAAUCUGGGGGAGGAGCCAGUGGUGGCGCAGCCAAUGGGGGUGGUCGAUGAUUUUUCUUUUUCUUUUUAGUUGACGAUAGUUGUUCAGGACGAAAGUUUUAAUGGAGAAGUUUCUAACUGCUGUAAAUAAUGCUAUUUAAACAUUUCUCGUACAAUUACAACACGCUGUAAUGUCCGAACAGAUUGUCUGCAUAAACUGUUGUCAUUUGCUGAUGUUUUUAUUCUAAUAAGUAAAAAGUAUUUAUUAAUUCCCAGUAGAUACGUUUACGACUGACUGCCCCCAUUUAGUCUUUUAACACGGCGCCGUUUAGCAUUAUCAACUGAUCCUAACAAGUGUGUUUGUGUGUGAUUUAAAUUGCAAUAAAUGUCCCAAGUUAGCGGUGUGUGUGUGUGUGUGUGUGUGUGUGUGUGUGUGUGUGUGUGUGUGUGUGUGUGUGUGUGUGUGUGUGUGUGUGUGUGUGUGUGUGUGUGUGUGUGUGUGUGUGUGUGUGUGUGUGUCCCUCCCUCACGGCUCCAGGCAGCAGAUCAAGUAAUUACAGGCUCGCUAUUUAAUGUUCUUGCCAGGAUUGACUCGAAUGGUCCUGGUAAACAGAAAACAUCCAUCUGUUAUGGCGGCUAAUUGUAGUUAUUGUUCAGCCUAGUGAUAUGGACCACAUUCGGAUUCAACAUGAAAUGCGGUCUAAUUUAAGAAAAAAGUGCAUGUUUUUCCUGUGUUCAGAUUAAUUGAAAGCCACUGUUUUUUUUGAUUCUGUUUUGUCUGCAAAUGCUUCCGUGAUUAAAACAUUUAAUGUAACAAAUGUGUCGCAUUUGAAAAUAACCCAAGAAAUGCUUUGCUCCAUUAUAAAGGACUAUAUAGUGUCAUUGUUAUGUAAAGUUUUAAACUCUAAAUAAAAUAAAAUUACCCUAUAUACC